CCUUUGUUUCUUUCAAUCUGUACAGCUUCAAGAUUUAAGUUUACUUUCCUUUAAAGUUGAACAACUUUUGAAAAUGUUCAAGAACACCUUUCAGUCUGGAUUUCUAUCCAUCUUAUAUAGUCUUGGGAGCAAACCUCUGCAGAUUUGGGAUAAAGAAGUUGUUGAUGGUCACGUAAAACGGCCACAUGAUGAAGACAUACAAUCCAAUGUGCUUGAAAUAGUUGGAUCAAAUAUUCAGUCCACUUACAUUACAUGCCCAGCAGACCCAGCUGCGACCCUUGGUAUAAAACUUCCCUUUCUGGUUAUGAUUCUGAAGAACUUGAAGAAGUAUUUCACAUUUGAGAUACAGAUUCUGGAUGAUAAGAAUGUCAGGCGACGAUUCCGUGCCUCUAACUUUCAAGCUGUUACUCGAGUUAAGCCAUAUAUAUGCACCAUGCCUCUAAGGAUGGAUGAGGGUUGGAACCAAAUUCAGUUCAAUCUAGCUGAUUUUACAAGGAGGGCAUACGGCACCAACUAUGUUGAGACAUUGCGAGUUCAGGUUCAUGCAAAUUGUCGCCUUCGGAGGAUAUAUUUUGCUGACCGCCUAUACUCAGAAGAGGAACUCCCACCGGAAUUUAAGCUCUACCUUCCAAUGCAGAAAGCUUGAGAAAAUGCACCGGAGGAAUACUUUCAGCAGGGUGAUCAAUGUGCUUAGAAAUCUCAUUGCAUCCUACACUUCCGUUCUACUCAAGCAGUUUAAAAUUCAGUUUGUCUGUAAAAUCAUAUUACAAGCAGAAUCCAUCGAGAUCCCAAAACUCGAUUCUCAAUCAGUUCUCAAUGGUGUUUCUGGUUUGUUAGAAGAUUUUCACUAAUGGUAUGUCAUUGAAACCAUUUUUAUGGCUAGUGUUUCAUUAUAUGAUGGGAAGUAUGGACUUACUAUUGUCAC